AUAUCAGGCGUCUACCGCUACUGCCGUUAGUCGCUCGUUGUGGCUGCGGCAACGAGCACGACGACGACGACAGCUAUACGACGACGGCGGUAGCGACGGUGACGGUUCAUGGUGGCAGUGGUUGUGGUGGUGGUCGGCGACGACGACGGGGACGACGACGGAGGGUAGUGCUGCGCCCCUGCGAUCGGCGGCGGGACGGAAGGAAAGUGGUAACCCCGGAGGUUACGAGGCCAGGGGAGAAAGUGGGUGUUGCCUGAGCGACGGCGACAACGGGGGGAGAAUCGCCCGGGUCCUCGCGGGACGUCGCCGCCGGAAGCUGUCCGGGCUGUUUCAUGCGGGGAAAGCGAGGGUGGUGAGGCGACCGGAAGGAUGCUCGUCGGUCGCCGCUCGUCAUCCCGGAGUCGAUGCCAGCCUGUCGCUGGCCUCCUUCCUACCGUCGAUGACCUCUCGUGCCUCAGGACCUUUGGCGCUGAGAUUCCUCUUCAAGAUGGCUGGAGCGAAUCGAGAGGUUCGACAAGGACCUGAAAAUUUCGUGCUCGCAAGUCGUCGUGUUGGACGACGCCAGUCUUCUUGCGGUUAAGGGGCUGUGCCAAGGUAGCACGGGACGGGGGUGGUUCCUUCCAUCGCGAGGAUCGAGAUGAGCGAUCUACAGGCCACCCUCGAGUUCUCCCUCGAGCUCUGCAAGUUCUACAAUGUCGAUCUCUUUCAGCGCGGAUAUUAUCAGAUACGAACUGCUCUUAGAGUAUCACCGAAGUUGCCAGUCAAGGUGGAAGUCAAUCAGCCACCAAAUCACUCCCUGGAGGCGCCGGGCACGAGUAAGCGCUUUCAGAUCCUCUACAGGAACGAGGAGGUGACACUCGGCACUUCCGUACUAUUCCGGGCGCAUGUGCUCGUGCACAGUCACAAGAUUGAGGAGGCCCUGUCGCGCACCCACUUUAAUCUAGGCGUCGAGCUAUGGUUCAGCGAGCCGACGCAGCCGGGCAACAUGGCUUGCGUGUCCUCGAGGGCACUGCAGUUGAAUUUCACACCUACGAAGGGCCUUCACUAUCAUCUGCCGGUGCUCUUCGAUUACUUUCAUCUCGCCGCGGUGUCCAUUACGAUCCACGCCUGCCUCGUGGCACUUCAUCAGCCCUACAUCAAGAAGAGCAUACUGCACGUAGUGCAGAGUUGUGCGCCACGAAGCGGAAAACCCUGGCUGCAAUUUAAGCAGGCGAACGGCGACAGCAACGCGGCGACCUUCGGAAACAUCGAGACCACUACGAGAUGCGUUGGAUCGACGACGAGGAUACAGCACGCGAGACUGGCCCAGCAAGAGGUCACGAGACUGCUUCUAGCUUCGAGGGAGUCUUUGCUGAACGAUCUGUCCGACUUGGCACGGCUCCUCCCUUCUUGGCAACAAAGGGCGCUCGAGCUCGCACAGAACACGCACAAAGAGAUUACGAAGUUGAUAGACACUGAGGAGGCUGACAUAGCCCAACUCUGCGCACAAAAUAUCGUUCUUUGGCAGCAUUUCCUCGAAGCGUUCUCCGGUAGAGAAGCGGUUCAUCAGCAUUUAGCACGAAUUCAUCAUCAAUUAAGAGUGAAGCGAUUCGCGGAGGGUUUCUUCGUAUUAGAGAACCCGAAAACAUCGGCAGCUGGCUGUUACGACGCGAAUUAUCAGUCUUAUCAAGCGGUAAGCGAGGCUGCUCGAAGAUCGCGUUAUCUGGCGUCGUUGCCACCGUUACCUGUCCACUGUCCGGAAGUGGACGGCGAUUUACAUUCGUUGCCUUUGAUUUUUGAGGAUCAAUACGCUGACAUGCAGCAAAGACACAGAAACAGCGUUCCCAACAUGGACGACUGCAGCUGUGGCAUAGCCGCGCUCAUAGAUUCGCGCUCCAUGGCCAUCUGGUCGCCCAGAAGCGAAGGCGCAGCUCAGGACAUCGGAUCGAUCCAGGCUCGUCUCAUACUAACGCCUUCCACGCUGCCGGCGAGACACAGCAAGUCGCUCGAUCAGCUGGGUCCCGAGCUGGCGGCACCUGUGCAGCCCAAAACAUCGCCGAAGACUUUACCCAGGUCUGUGUCGACCCAAUUGUUCUCGCGGGGGCUGCGUGGCGGCGGUCGAAAUGUCACGCCACCCGCGACUGUUCCUUCCAGGGGGAAAGCCAGGUCGACUGUGCCGUCCAUUAGCACCCUCUUCCCGCCCUCGGGUCAGCAGGCUUGUUCCGCGCCAAACCCAUCUCUCGGCUCGACACCGGUGAUACCCCUGCCUCGGGCCAAGUCCACGCAAAUGUUGAUGCAGCAACAACAGUCCGACUACCAAUCCUCUUCCAUUAGUUCACUGCUGGCGGUGAUGUUUCCCGAGUUGCCGCCCGGUACACAUCUGCCCGGUUAUCGACCUUCGUCUAAAUCCUGCGACCAGAAUCUUGCUGUGCCAACGUACGUGGGUGCUCUGGACCUCAGUCAAUUGCCCGAUUGCUUAACGGAAAGCAAGUCGGCAAACACGGUGGAAGACUACCAUUCUCUCGAUACAAGAAAAAUAAGGUUAGAACCACGAAGUCAUCGUCUGGGAAAUCGCCAACCGCUGCCAACGACCACAAACGACCAAAGUAGCUUUCUAUCUUCCAAGGCGAACGUAAACGGCGACUUCUUGCCGGAUCCACAGCCGCUACACACAGCAACGUUGGAUAGAGUCACUUACCGAGGGAACUUUAGGAAAUCUGGACAUCAGACAGGUGGCAAGUACAGUCAAACGAACGGCGUCGAGAGUCGCAGAUAUCACACGCUCGGCAAGACAUCGAUGACCCAAAGAAGUCGUCCAGAGAUACCGGAGUACAUGAAUGGCAGCGCGAUAAGCAGCAGCCACUCGCACCUGGCGGAUUCUGAGAGCAAGAGAUCGAAUUAUUACGCAACUACGGACUCGUUUUUCUAUCGCACAAACGGCAACACCAGCGGUAGAAUUCGCGACGAGCUGCCAAAGAGGCCAAAGAGCACGGAUCGGCUGCUCGACGACGUGGAGCGCGAGUGCUGCGAUUUCCGGCGAGAUCGACCGAUUCGAAGAAGAACAGAACGAUCGGUCAAAUCGUCCCGCAAUAAUGUAACCCAGAAUUACAACGAGGAGAAGCAACGACGCGGUCAAACCGAGAAGAAAAACGCAGAGGUUCAGGAACCGAUUUACGAAGUAAUCGCCAUGAAGUCGGAAUCGAAGAAAGAAUCUCGCUCCGAGAGGAAAAAAGACAAGCACAACAGGAGACCACACUCGGCGCCCGUCCUCGACACGGAUCACCCGGUAGAGGAGAGCAAUCAUAAAAGUAAUAAAAAGUGCAGUCAUAAAAAUAGAAAACCACCGCCACCUCCGGCAUAUCAAGAUCCCGCUGUCGCGCCCUUACCAAAGUACCGUCAUUCCUCUUCAACAACCGCAACGAGCGUUCUCGAGGUGGAGAACAACAAUAAAAUUAUUCUGAAGAUGGAACCUCUAAAAUCGCCAAUAGAGGCACCGACGACGAACGGCACGACACCGUCGGACACGUCGAGCUUCGGGGUGCCACCGCCAAACGUGAAAAGACUGCGAUGUGCCAGCGUGCCGGUGGCUCAGAACAAAGUGGUCGUGCCGCGCAGCGCGGUCUCUCUGCCCUGUAUGCCGAUACGCGACAGCAAGGACAACCUAAGCAACAACCUGCCGAUCAUACCGCAUCUCCUCAGUCCGCCGUCCACCAGGCCCAGCAGUCCCACGCCGAGUUCGAGUUCCAGUAACCUGACGUCUGAAUGUUCGGGCUGGGUUAGCAGCGGCGACACUUCUAGCUCGGAGCAGCGUCGCAAUCAGGCCAAGCUCUCGAGCGAGCAACUGCGGCAGAAGCUGUCGAAGAUUGUACCGCGCAAGGAUCGCCCUCUCGUCACGAAGGAGAGCGUGGAGGAGCAUUCGUACGAGGAGUUGCGGCUACCGCCGCCAAAGAUGUUCCAGGAUGACCCGCCGCCUCCCGAGGAAUUCCGCGACCCACCGGCGCCGAUCGACAAUCCGCUCUAUCACGUGUACGAGACCGUGAAGCAGACCAGGAGUCCGAAGCAGAACAAAACGGCGCCUUGCAGUCCGCAACGAAACCAAGAUCGGGACAAGGAAAAUAUCUACGGUGCCAGAGACAUCUGCCUGGACUGUUAUCAGGAGGGCAAGGAAUUGUUGCAGUCCACGCAGGAUGACUUCAUCAACUUCAAGAAAUGCAAGGAGGAAUUUAAAAGGCAGAUGAGCUUCUCUGGCAAGAUUUACAGAGAACGCGAGGAUGCACAGUUGCAUUUACAUAAACGUGCCUAUUCCCUCGGAUACGGUCUCGAUUCCUCGCCAUCGGUUCAACUAUUAAGAUCCCAUGUGCCUCUUAGUGACUACCCGACCCUGGCCUCGACUCUGCCGUACUUCCACAUCAGCGACGAGUAUCGGCUCUUCUCGCCGGAGGGUGCACAUCUUAUCGUAUGCGUCCACGGUCUCGAUGGUAACGCCGCUGAUCUCCGUCUCGUCAAGACGUAUCUGGAGUUGGGUCUGCCUGGGGCGCACUUGGAUUUCCUGAUGUCCGAGAGAAAUCAGGGAGAUACCUUUUCCGACUUCGAAACGAUGACCGACCGAUUAGUGUCGGAAAUUCUCUACCAUAUCGAAACAUCGGGCCUGAAUCCGAAGAAGGUGAGCUUUAUCGGGCAUUCCCUUGGGACCAUAAUCAUUCGCAGCGCUUUAACGCGACCGCAGCUGCGUCCGCUGCUUCCUCGUCUACACACCUUUCUCAGCUUGAGCGGACCACAUUUGGGCACUCUUUACAACACGAGCGGUUUAGUGAACGCAGGUAUGUGGUUCAUGCAAAAGUGGAAGAAGUCCGGAUCAUUGCUGCAACUGGCCAUGAAAGACUCACCGGACGUGAGGCGCUCCUUCAUGUUCCGUUUGAGCCAGAAGAGCAAUUUGCAGAAGUUCAAGCACGUCUUGCUGUGUGGCAGCGCCCAGGAUCGGUACGUGCCCUUGCACUCUGCCCGAAUCGAGCUCUGCAAGGCUGCCGUACGAGAUCCGACGGAUCAAGGUGCCGCUUAUCGCGAGAUGGUGCACAACAUUCUGUAUCCUGUGAUGUCAGCGCCCGGCGUCAGUCUCGUCAGAUACGACGUGCAUCACGCUCUACCGCCAACGGCAAACGCCCUGAUAGGCCGAGCCGCGCAUAUCGCCGUCCUCGACUCCGAGCUUUUCAUCGAGAAAUUUUUGCUGGUCGCGGGACUGAAAUAUUUCAGAUAAGGAAAGAACAGUCUAGCUACACGAAGAAAAUAAUUAACUAUAAUUUAUUUAAAAAAAAAAAAAAAGAAAGUUCCAAAAAAGAAGGGACUCGAACGUGGACUCGGAAAACGUUCUCCGCGACAUCCUCGACCAUCCCGUGAUUAGCGUAUUAUUAUAGACGUCCUGUCCAACAUUGCCUCGCGUUUCUCUUCUCUUCGCUUAGUUACCUUCUUCUAAAGAAACGUGAAUGGAAAAGAGGAAAUUCCGAAGCGAGGCGAAAAUCCAAUCUUUUUUACACGAAAACACGGCGCACGUCACGCCGUCGUCGAUUUUAGUAUCGAGACACUCGUUAUCAUAAUCACGGAAGCGCGAAAAGGUCGCGCGCGUUUGUCAUUGACGGUUGAACUUCGGAUUUCAUCCACGCUUCAUCGAGAGUUCGAAUUUUUCAAAUCGAAUGGACCUCUGUAGCUCGCCGUGAAACGGACCUAUUCUCUAGUGACGAUGGUAAUGGUAAUGGUGGUGGUGGUGGUGGUGGUGGUAGUAGUAGCAGCAGCAGCAGCAGUAGUGAUACCGACCAAGAGGGUGGGAACAGGAAUAGAAAGAAAAAAAACGCAGAGUAGUGCGAAAGUUAAGUAAGUAUAUAUGCUUGAAAAACUGCAACGUGCACGCCAUCGCUGUGAGUGAUGCGACGUGCACGAAUGAUCGCGAAUGCACUUCCGAAUUUCACGUGCUCGGGAAAAGGAGAAAAAAGAAAUGGAAAACGAAACCAGAUCGGCGCGUUUGGCGGCCUAGCGUACAUGAAGCAAUCACGAGGGGACACGACGCCGGGCACAUCAGCUUCGUCAACAUCGUGAGGGAUGGAUCGUUAGAAGAGGAGAGACAGAGAGAGAAGGGGACGAAAUUUAUUUAUCGAUACAACUAUAUUGACAGGUGGAAUUGGAGAACAUACCUUUUUUCAAAAAAGGCACAAAGUGAGACGUCAGCGAGCGGGAGCUCCGCCGCCGGAACAAUUCUCCACGAUGUACAGCCGCGCAUUAAGGGGAAGGAAAAAAAAAAUAAUAUUAAUAACAUAAAUUAAUAAAAGUAUAAGACAAUGCAACGACACAUUGUCUAGUCGUAUAGGAAAGUUACGAAACGUAUGUCAAUUGUUAUCCUCAGAUAAGUGUGAUUGCUGAAUGUGCUGAAUGCGAUGAAUGCGAAGUGCGGAUGGAUGAGAGCCGAGUACGAUGCUGUGAGAGAAUGAUUAGGCAAAAGGAAAUAAUAGGAUAUUGAGUAGAAAGGCUGAGGAUGAAAAAAGAAUAUCGGAGAGGAAAACGUUACAAAUCAGAGGGCUCGAAAGAGAGAGAGAGAGAGAGAGAGAGAGAUGCGGUGAGACGGGUUUCAUUCGGACGAACGGGUCUCCCAGUGCGGUGACAUGAGGACUCGCGUCCUGAAACGCGGCAGAGAAGAGUCACCAGAGUGCGAAACGGACGCGAUGACGCGACGAGAGUGACUAACGUUUCAGGUAUAUGAAAUCCCUCCAAUUGCUAGAUCUCAAUUGCUCAGAACAAUCUAUCAAAGGAAAGCAGAAGAAAAAAAGAUGAAAA